AUGUCGCAGCUACCUCGAUCCUUCCCCCCGAGGCCAUCCCGAAGCCUCGCCGGCAAAGUCGCCAUCGUCACAGGCGCGGGAAGCACCGGCGAUAAUGAACUCGGUAACGGGCGCGCCAUUGCCCUCCUCCUCGCAGAGGCUGGAGCCUCAGUUGUAUGCGCCGACCGCGACGCCGCACCAGCAGAGAGAACCGCGGAGCUUAUCCAGGGCGAGUUCCCGGGCACUGCAGCGCUGGCGAUACAAGGAGACGUCACGAACGAGGACGACUGCCGUCGUAUGGUCAACGGGACCGCGGCACGGUUCAGCCGCCUGGACAUUCUGGUUAACAACGUGGGCAUCAUGGGUGCGCGUGGGCCUGCUCCGGAUGUGGACGUCUCCCAGUGGGCGCAGGGUCUGGAGGUCAACGUUACCAGCAUGAUGCUGAUGGUGAAGUACGCCGUUGACGCAAUGCGAGCGAACGCUCCUCGCGAAGAAGAGGGAUACAUCCGCGGCAGUAUCGUCAAUAUGGGAUCUGUGGCUGGGCUCCAGGGGGGCACGCCUAGUCUGCUGUAUCCGACGAGCAAGGGCGCUGUGGUCAAUAUGACGCGGGCGAUGGCGGCACACCAUGCUCGCGAUGGAAUCAGGGUGAAUUGUGUCUGUCCAGGCAUGCUGUACACGCCCAUGAUGUAUGGGUCUGGAGGUAUAGGUCCGGCGAUGGAUCCGGCUACCAUGGAGUAUCGGCGCAAAAGGAGUCUUCUCCAGACAGAGGGGACUGCGUGGGAUACGGCUGGAGCUGUGAGAUUCCUUGCGGGAAAUGAGGCACGGUGGGUUACGGGGACAAUUCUCACGGUGGAUGCGGGGGCUACUUGUGCGCAGCUGGUCUAG